AUGGCCUUCAUUCCGAGGCGUCAUCUUCUGACGAAGUUUAGCCCGCGCUCUUCGUCAUCAUCGGAUUUCCAAUCCUAUAACGUCUUUGAGCGCGUUACGGGUGUAGACAAGAUUCUAAAUGUCCGACAGUACAAAUUCCUGCAGGCGAGAAUGGGGAGAGACGCCGGGAGGGACAUUUUUGAUGAUGUCAUAGCCAACGGGGUCACUGAUUACUGGAAUCGCUUUCAAGCGCCAUUAAUAUUGGGACAGGACACUGCUCACGCAGAUCGUCAGAGCGUUCUGACUGCUGUUGAGAGCCUACUAUCUCUUAAUGGCUGGGUGGCUGCAUAUUGUCCGACACUGGCUCGUCCGUUCGGACAAAACAAGAAUGUCGAUGAAGAUGCGUAUGAUGACCUCGCCAAAGACGACAGGCUCUAUUUCGUAGCAAUGGCAAUUCACUCAGCCGACCAUUUUCUAGUCGAUCAACUAGCUGUCAUCGUCCAACUGGCUAAGCGCCUCGGUACUUCCAAUAUCUUUGUGUCCAUGUUGGACUAUGAUUCUACAGAUUCUACCGCCACUCUCACCGACCUUUGUGAAGCCAGGACUACAAUCGCGGCCUAUUACCCUCUGGAAGAAGCCUACAUGCGCAAUCUCGCACUGGAGCCUCUUCUUGAGCUCCACCAGAAGCGUGAUAUCGAGUUUUAUAGGGUCAUUUGGCUGAAGGGAUUCACAUGUCCCAAUGACAUCCUCGAGACACUGCGUGUCAGCAUUGCGAACGAGGCUGCCAUGGUGUGUGGGAUGGACUGGGCAGAAUCCAAUGGGCAGUUCAUAUUUUCUGACAGGCAAUCCACAUCCUCAUCGAAACCAGACGCAGUCCCUCCUCGAGACGAGAGCGGUGCUGCCCGAUACAUCCAACACCUUCCCUUCCAAGUAUUCUGCUGCGAAGCAGGUACCCACAUCGUUGAUCCAUCUCAGUCCUACUACAAAGGGCUCAAGUACCGCUGCGGUACUGACUUUCACAACGCAUCCUUAUCAUCAGACAGCAUCCCUCCACGUGCUCCCGACGCGGCAUGCCUGGACAGCAGCCAGGCCUGGUUCUGCAGAGACCUGUGGAUCAGUAAAGCGCUGAGUGACUUCCACGAGGACGAGCUCUCGCCUACGCCUGAACGCCAGACGCUUUCCCGCAGGCAACUCGAUGAUGAGGAGCAGGAUGCAGACGUGAACGCUGGCUCUGAUUAUGAUGCCAUGCCGGACUCUGAUGUCCCCAUUGAUGAGCUCCCUCCAGUGCCACUGUCCGUGCCUAAUUCUGCGUACACUCCCGCGCGCAUCCUGGUGAACCCCCGCUGUGUAACAACGUAUGCUGGCGUGAGCCAUACCCAGCUUGCGCUUGAUCUUUUUGGCAGUGGAGAUGAUGAUGAAUCUCAGAUCAAUGCUACAAAAUAUGUAUUAGAGGACUGGGACGGCGCUCCAGAGAGCUUCGUGUGUCAGGAACAAAGUCAAACCGGAGGAAGAAAAGCAGCCAAAACGCAGCGCUUGCUUGGAUUCGCUAUUCAUGACGAAUUACGAUGA